AUGCAGCGAAUGACAACCCACAGGGCUCUAAUGCUGGAAAAGGUCACAAUUGCCAACAUUACUCAAGACAUCGCCGACAGAGAACGCGCCUAUAAGGAGUAUGAAAAGCAGCAUGAAUUUCAAGAUCUCCAAAAUUACCGCUUGCUGAGAGGCGAGCUCUCGCCCUCCUUAUACGAUGACGAGCUUCAGCAGUUUGCCGGCAGUGGCCCAGCGAAAUCAGGCACGUGGUUGUUCGAGAAUGGGGAUUUCAAAAAGUGGGCCGAUGUCAACAACAAAACCCGGCUUUGCCUUUGGCUUCAGGGCAUACCUGGUGCUGGUAAACUAGACCUUUCUUGGAUGCUUUGUUUGGAAAAAGCUAAUAAUCAACGCCCAGGGAAAACUGUAUUGACUGCCAAGACAAUCCGGUAUCUCCAAAGCCAAGGGCAGACACUCCUGUUUGCGUUCUUGUCAUACCGUGAUGAGCGCAAAUCGAAACCCGUCAAGAUCUUUCAGAGCUUAGUCUUUCAACUUCUUGAGGAACAAUCGAUGUUGCACCCAUUGUUACAUGACAUUUACCUCACCAACUACCGAAAGCUUAUCUCGAAUCCAGACUUCGUGGGUGAUUUGCUAGGCAAGCUUUUGCAAACGUCGGGCCCAACGAUCAUUGUCAUUGAUGGCGUUGACGAAGCCGCCGAAUCAGAUAAAUCAUACCUCGUGCGGUCUCUUCUUCGAGUUACGAAGUCUGGGCCGAAUGUCAAGCUUUUUGUUAGCAGUCGGAUGGAUUCAGCGAUCAGCAAAGAGUUGAUGCGCAGUAGCACAGAGCUUCACGUCGAGGAUCACAACGAAGGCGAUAUUCAUGAGUUAAUAGACAUGGAAAGGGACGAUCUCUUGUCAAAAUUCCGGAAAUGGGAUGCUGACGAGGCAACUUGUGACCGAGUUGGCCGAGCCUUUCAACUAUUGAAAGAGAAAAGCGAUGGGAUGAUACUAUAUGCGAAGCUGAUGGCAAGACUGCUACAAGGUCUGGACAAUGAAGAUGAUAUCAGACGGGAACUUGAUACCUUGCCGGAGGGUCUUGGGCAAGCGUAA